CCGAAAUCCUACGAUAAACAAGCAGCACGCGAAAAAAGAAAAACAGAUAAGAUAAGUUUUAUAUUGACUUGGAUUUAUAUUGACUUGGAUUUCUGCUCCACAGUUCACUGUGGUUUAUUUUUUGUAGAUUUCUGAUAUCAUCAUUUAUUUGCAACUGAUUGUAUUUUGAAAGUUUUAACAGUUUUUAGUCCCUGUAUACAGCUGAAAGCAUGGCUGAAAAUUCAAAUGCAAAUGAUACUACAGUUACUUCUCCUAAUACAACAAAUGUCGAAGGCACAGACAACGAUAUGAGACAAGCAAUUAUUGCAGAUGUACUCAGUGCAAUAAGAAAAGAGUUCUCUCCUUUACUGCAUGGACAAAAGAGGAAAUGUUGCCACUAGAGUUACAUCUCAUUUCCUGGAAAAAUGUCUUAUUCCAGAGGUAAAAAAGAAGAUAGGGAAAAGGCACUUGCUGCCUGAAAACUGUACUAAAAUAGCUGUGCCAAAGAUGAACAAAUGCAUUUUUAAUCUCAAAAGUUUUUCAGAAUUUCAAAAACGUAAUGAGAGAAAUUUGUACAACACACAGCAAACACUGUUGAGUGCAACAUCAGCCAUUAUAGAGGUGGUUGAAAAGGUUUUACAGUCUGAUGAAGGGAAAAAGCCCUUGAAUUCGAAGGAUGUUGUCAUGAAUUGUCUUGAUGCAAUAACAUUACUCGGGUCAGUCAAUGCAGACCUAAAUAAUAAAAGAAAACAAAAUGUUCGCACCUCUUUGAACCCUCAAUACCGGGAUCUAUGUAACCCCAGUAGACCAUGCAAUGAAUUUCUGCUUGGGGAUGAUUUACAAAAGGGUAUGAGAGAAGCCCAGGAAGCCUCAAAGCUUGCCUUGUCCUCAUCCAGUACAUAUAGCCACAACAAUAGCAGGAAAUAUCAAUCAUAUCCUUAUGUUGGAAGGUUUAGUAAAAUCCCUAGCUCAACGACAACAUUCAGGAAAGAUAACCAGAAUUUUUUAGAGAAGGGCAAGAAACCACAACAAAGUCAUCGGAAGCCCUUCAACAGAAGCAGGAAAUAAC